GAAAACGUGGAGUGGCUUCUUCAACAAAGCCCCAGAGUCGUCUUCUAGAUCCAGCUCGCUACUAUGUCGAAGAAGAGAGGGCUUUCGUUGGAGGAGAAGCGCGAGAAGAUGCUCCAGAUCUUCUACGAUUCUCAGGACUUCUUUCUUCUGAAGGAGCUUGAGAAGUCGGGACCGAAGAAAGGUGUUAUUUCUCAGUCUGUGAAAGAUGUGAUUCAGAGUUUGGUGGAUGAUGACCUUGUUUUCAAGGACAAGAUUGGAACCUCUGUGUACUUUUGGAGUCUCCCUAGCUCUGCUGGGAAUCAGCUAAGGACUUUGUAUAGCAGACUUGAAUCUGAACUACAAAGUAGUAAGACGCGGCAUGUUGAACUUGUCGAACAGUGUAAUGAACUGAAGAAGGGACGAGAGGAAUCUGAUGAACGAGAGGAGGCCUUAGCUGAGCUAAAAGAGAUUGAGUUAAAGUACAAUAAGCUGAAGGAAGAGAUGGGGCAGUAUGCAGAUAAUGAUCCAGCUGCCUUGGAAGCAAUGAAGAAUGCAAUUGAAGUUGCCCAUGCAGCAGCUAAUCGAUGGACAGACAACAUCUUCACAGUGCGUCAAUGGUGCUCAAAUAACUUCCAGUCAGCCAAAGAGCAGCUUGAACACAUGUAUAAGGAGGUUGGAAUAACAGAAGACUUUGACUAUCUCGAGAUGUCACCAGUUCCACUGAGCUCAGUUGGUGAUUAGAUGCUGAUGUAAUAGGACUUCUGCAGUCUUUAUAUAGUAUGACAUAAUAUAAACUACAGAAUAUUUACUGAUGUUCGUAGUACAUUUCUAAGUUUGCACU